AUGGCCACUCCCAAGCGGUUUCCGACGCUCGUGCAGCUGGAGCAGCAGGAAGGAACCCUAUUCCAGGUGCUCGGUAACCUCACCAAGCGGCCCUACUGGUUCCACAACGAGUACCUGAAGACUCCAAAGACAGUUCACCUCGAGGCGUGGCUGGUGGAAGCAAUCUUUGGCCCGGGCGGAGAGCACAUCCCGCACGUCGAGUGUGUGUCACAGACGCUGCUUCACGUUAAUCAGUGGGACCCUGAAGGCUUGGCUGAGAUCUUGGUAUUUGGUCGGCCUUCUUACCAGAAGGAUGUGUCCAAGAUGAUCAUGAACUUGGCUUACUAUCACCGCCAACUCCGGGCGCAAAGUACGGGCCCGGGGAUGAGGGGGACCCUGAGCACACUUUGGGUUCCUUGGGAGGGAUCAUAA